AGGGGUGGGGAGAAGGGGAGGAGGCCUUAGCAGCCAGCAGAGAGAAGUGGCCAGAGAGGCCCAGGGGACAGCCAGGGACAGGCAGACAUGCAACCAGGGCCCCAGGGCAUGGACAGGGCCCUCCAGGCCCCGUGACGGGAGGACCCCGAGCCCCUGGCCCGGGGAGGGGGCCAUGGUGCUGCCUGCCCGACAUGUCAGCCGAGGUGCGGCUGAGGCGGCUUCAGCAGCUGGUGCUGGACCCCAGCUUCCUGGGGCUGGAGCCCCUGCUCGACCUUCUCCUGGGCGUCCACCAGGAGCUGGGCGCCUCCGACCUGGCCCAGGACAAGCAUGUGGCCGACUUCUUGGAGUGGGUGGAGCCCAUCGCGGAGAGGCUUAAGGAGGCCCGACUGCAGAGGGAUGACUUCGAGAUUCUGAAGGUGAUCGGACGUGGGGCGUUCAGCGAGGUGGCGGUGGUGAAGAUGAAGCAUACGGGCCAGGUGUACGCCAUGAAGAUCAUGAAUAAGUGGGACAUGCUGAAGAGAGGCGAGGUGUCGUGCUUCCGCGAAGAGAGGGAUGUGUUGGUGAACGGGGACCAGCGCUGGAUCACGCAGCUGCACUUCGCCUUCCAGGACGAGAACUACCUGUACCUGGUCAUGGAGUACUACGUGGGCGGGGACCUGCUAACGCUGCUGAGCAAGUUUGGGGAGCGGAUCCCGGCCGAGAUGGCGCGCUUCUACCUGGCCGAGAUUGUCAUGGCCAUAGACUCGGUGCACCGGCUGGGCUACGUGCACAGGGACAUCAAACCGGACAACAUCCUGCUGGACCGCUGCGGCCACAUCCGCUUGGCAGACUUCGGCUCCUGCCUCAAGUUGCGGGCGGAUGGAACGGUGCGGUCACUGGUGGCUGUGGGCACCCCGGACUACUUGUCUCCCGAGAUCCUGCAGGCCGUGGGCGGUGGGCCCGGGACUGGCAGCUACGGGCCCGAGUGUGACUGGUGGGCGCUGGGCGUGUUCGCCUAUGAAAUGUUUUACGGGCAGACGCCCUUCUACGCCGACUCCACAGCUGAGACCUACGGCAAGAUCGUGCACUACAAGGAGCACCUGUCUCUACCGCUGGCAGACGCAGGAGUCCCUGAUGAGGCUCGCGAUCUCAUCCAGCAGCUGCUGUGUCCCCCUGAGAUGCGCCUGGGCCGGAAUGGAGCAGGCGAUUUCCAGAAGCAUCCUUUCUUCUUUGGCCUUGACUGGGACAGCCUCCGAGACAGCGUGCCCCCCUUUACGCCGGAUUUCGAGGGUGCCACGGACACGUGCAACUUCGAUGUGGUGGAAGACGGGCUCACUGCCAUGGUGAGCGGGGGCGGGGAGACGCUGUCGGAUAUGCAGGAAGGCAUGCCACUGGGGGUCCACCUGCCUUUCGUGGGCUACUCGUCCUAUUCCUGCAUGGCCCUUGGGGAUGAUGAGAUCCCGGGCUCCACGCCCAUGGAACUGGAGGCCGAGGCGUUGCCUGAGCCACUGCAAGAGCCCAGCCUGGAACCCAUGGUGCCCCCACCAGAGGAAACGGCUGAAGCGGCAGUUCCAGAGGCCAUUCCGGAGGCCAUUCCGGAGGCGGUGGCAGAGGCCGAGGUGACGCUGCGGGAACUCCAGGAGGCCCUGGAGGAGGAGGUGCUUACCCGACAGAGCCUGAGCCAGGAGCUGGAGGCCAUCCGAACGGCCAACCAGAACUUCGCCAGCCAACUCCGCGAAGCCCAGGCCCGUAACCGAGACCUGGAGGCGCACGUCCGGCAGCUGCAGGAACGGAUGGAGUUGCUUCAGGCCGGGGGAGCCGCAGCUGUCACGGGGGUCCCCAGUCCCCGGGCCACGGAUCCACCUUCCCAUCUAGAUGGCCCCCCGGCCGUGGCUCUGGGCCAGUGCCCGCUGGUGGGGCCAGGCCCCAUGCACCGCCGCCACCUGCUGCUCCCUGCCAGGGUCCCUAGGCCUGGCCUAUCGGAGGCGCGUUCCUUGCUCCUGUUCGCCUCUGCUCUGGCUGGUGCCGCCGCCCUGGGCUGCAUUGGGUUGGUGGCCUGCGCCGGCUAUCUUGCCGCAGUCUGAUCCCGCCCAGGAGCCGCCUUCGCCGCCUGAACCCUAGAACCCGAGCCUGUCCUACACUCGGGCUCCGCUGGAGGGUUUGGUGACCCAGGCACGGCCCAGAAGCCGCUCCCACCGUCCCCCAGUUCACAGCACUCCGAGCGUGGGUUUCCGCCCCAGCUCCAGCCCUGUGAUCCGGGCCCGCCCCCUGGCGGCUGGGGAGGGAGGAGCCGGGGCCGCGGCUCAAGGGAGGCUUGUAGCCGGGAAUGCUGCUGCUGCUGCUGCUGGGGGGAUCACGGACCUCUUCCUUUCUCCGGCCUAGCUGAGGCUCCCGACGUGGAUGGGCAAGCUGCGACCUAGAGAAGGCAGCAGGGCCAGGGCUCGGCAUCUGUUUUUCACUCUCCAGGCACCCCCACCCACAUCGGCUUGCAAACCACAAAUCCUCCUUGUGCAUGAGGCCCUGCCCUCCCGGGAAGACUCUCUUUCCGCGGUGAACGUCUAGCGCGAGCUCCGCCUUUGCCUUUUGACAGCCCCGCUUUUUUCGGGGACUCUCGCGCCCUCCUCACGUGCGCUGCUCUCGGAGCCACAGCCGGCUCCGCCCGCCUCGGCAGUUUGGGUAUUUAUUGACCUUUCCUCCGACCCGCUGACAGGCUCCAGGACCCCAGCACCCUAAUCCACGUUUUGGAUGCACUGAGACCCCGACAUUCCUCGGUAUUUAUUGUCUUUCCCCACCUAGGACCCCACCCCCGAUCCUCGCGAAUAAAAGGCCCUCUCGUCUGCCCAAAAUUCUGAAAUUC